AUGAAGAUGAUUUUUGUGGGCAAGUCUUUGGAUGCCAAUAGGACCACCAUGCUGAAUGCUCCAGUCGAAGACAUAGUUGUACUGGAAACCCUCACAGAAGAGCUUGCUAAGGUAGGAGUAGUUGGGCUUGCCAUUGAAUCGAAGCGCUUGAGCAUAGUUGAGGAGAAUGCUGAAUUCACUUGGGGAGCUGUGGUACAGCAAGCCUGUGGAAGUACUGUGCUAAAUGCUCUAGUUGAAGACAUGGUCACACUGAACACCCUCAUGAAGGAAGAGGUCUUGAAAGAACCUGCAUAG